UUCCCAACUCCGAGCCAAACCCGGUUGUCGCCCCUCCUGACCUCAAUCCCCUUGAAAGCGUUCCGCCCACAGCGCAUCUUGCCUCUUCCACGUUUCGAUCCCCCGACGUCUCCAGGAUGAGCGCACGCAGCGACAGCGGCCACAGCCGCAACAGCAGCACGGCGAGCAGCGGUCUUGCGCCACCACCUCCAGGCAGCGCCCCCAUGCCUCCCAACCCCAGCGCAGGCCGCUUUUCGCUGCUUGAUCAGGUCUCCCCCGAGGUGACGCAGAGCAAUCCGCUGCAUCAAUUGCUCCAGCAUCAGCAGCAGCUUCCUCCUGUGCCUCCUCCUCAGCCCAUGAGCAGUCCGAACCAGUUCCUACAGCAGUUUCUGGCCUCAUCCUCGAGCUCCAUGCCAGUGACUAGCAACCACAUGCGUCCCAUGCCUCCCAUGAGCGCUCCGAGCUCGAUGUUGCCUCAGUUCCAGCAGAAUCUACCAAUUCACAUGGCCUACAUACCGCCCCGAUCAACUCCGUUCUCCUCUUCCUUCUCCCAGUUCCAGCCAGUACCCAGUCUCUCUUCCACCGGUGGAGGAGUGUAUCCUUCUGCUCCACGCAGUGCCACUACAGUCUCUGUGGAUGGCAGUCGCAGCAACGGAGCAGGUGGAUCCGCCUCCAGCUCAUUGACAGGCUCCCCUAGACGAGCAGGUACCGCAGGAUUCGGCGCUGCUGACGCCCCCACGUCACCUCCAGGAGUGAGACUCAGUGGAGAGAACAUAGAAUACCAGCCACGUGGAGAAAGCGGCGACAGCAGGUCUCUAGAAGUCAUGCCGAUCACGCUCUACAACUCGGAACGGACCUCACAACUGGGAAACUUGAUCUCAGUGAACGAGCACUUUAUUUCGUACCCGAUUAGGAACGGAUUGAUCCGUGUGAUCAGCCAGAGUUCAGUGGACAGGUUGUUGCUCCGGAAACACGAGCACCACGCGGUCACGGAGCUGGCGUUCUUUAACAGCAAGUCGGAUUUAUUGUUAAGUUCCGGAACGGACCACCAUAUUGCCAUUUGGGCCAUCCAGAACGACCCGAUGAGUCGUGAGCUGAUCAAAUUGGUGCCUACACAGGCUCAGCGUGUGAAGUGGCACCCGUCAGACUCGAACAAGAUCGCUAUUGCCAGUGGCAGUGUGGUGUUGAUUGCGGACUUGUCGGACGUGGAUGCUGACGGCACAGGCGCCGAGAACUUGUACGACAUCAGUGUUGUGUGCGGCCAGACGUCUGGUCAGAUCAAUGACAUGGCGUUCUCGCCUGGUAAUGGCGAGUGCGUUGUGACGGCUGGCAGUGAUGGCUUUGUGCAAGUGUAUCGCGUGCAGGACCGACUUCCAGGUCAACCAGCCGAGUUUAUCCAGCGCUUCGAGCCGUUCAGCGGUGAAGCUGUCAACAGUCUGCACUUCUAUGGAGGCAACUUCUUGAACCAGCCUGGUCUUCUGAUCAGUGGUGAGGCCAACACCAAGUUAUCGUUGUGGAAUGCGGCGCUGACGGAGAAUACGCCUCCUGUGUGCUACCAGACGGUGACGCUGCGUGACGAGACCAGGGGAGACUCGUCGCUGUUCCACGAGACGAUACUGGACCCGACAACGCAAUUCCUGUUCGUGGCCGACCGAUCUAAGCCAGUGGUGUACGCUUUCCAUCUGGCCCCCAGCUCGGACGCCCGCACACCACGACGCUUCGAUAAUGUCACUGAGUUCGCGCUAGCUUAUCCAGUGCUGAGCAUGGGCUUGCUGAACCGUUCGAGUCAAAGCCAGCCCGCACGAGAUGGCAGUGAUGUGACCUCAGCUCUAGGUGGCCUUAACUUCACUAUGCAGCUCUACUGUCUGCAGACGCAAGCUAUUCAGCGGUAUCACGUGGGCGCUAGGGAAUGCUACAUGCCUGGUGUGCGCGGAUCGCUAGAAGACGAAGUCGAGACUGGCGAGAACGUCGGACAAACGGUCGGUGCGGUGACGACUGAAGGAGAAUACCAGACCACAGCCGAGUCUCCACGUGCCGCGCCUGCGAUCUCUGCUCCUGAGACUGAAAUUGAUGCUCAAGCCCCUGAAGAAGAAGACGAAGAAGAGAGUAGCAAUACUGAUCAACAUGUCCCUCUUCGCUCUGGUCCCAACGGCCUUCCGCGAACUCCGUCGUCGCCAGGUGGUCGGAGUACGCGAAGCACCCGUAGCACUGGUGCUCGGUCGCUGCAUCUAGCUACUGGUGACGAUGCAGCCUCAGUCUCAGCGUCGUCGGUGACUGGUGACGAUGGGAUGCUGCCUAACUUGCGCUUCUACAACCGCUCCUCUCCGUCCUCCUCCGUUCGUGCUUUCCAAGAUGAAGCGUCAGUGCAGUACGACCCGUCCAUCGACGACACGGCAAGCGAAACGCAACAGCAGACGCUUCUUGCUUCGCUUCGCCGUAUGGAGGCGGCUCAGCUCCAACGCGAUGAAGAGCUCCGUGAACAAAUGCGUGUAGUUAUGGGCACUCUGGGCAACCACCUGACAGCGCAAGUGUCGACUCAAGUGGAGAAGUCCAUCCAGAAACAGCUGCAGUCAGUGCUGGUGCCAGCUAUGGGACGUAUUGUGUUGCACACGAUGGAGAACAACUUUAUGAAGCCUGUGCAGAAUGGAUUCCAGCAUGUGAUUAGUGAGAAACUGAUCCCAUUGAUGGAGCAGAAGCUGGAUGAUUCCCUGGCAACCACGCUACCUGACCAACUUGCAAAUGGCGUCGAUGAUAUGGUACAGCGCGUAGUGGAAGAUGUUCGUCAGCCCGUGCGCGAGUCGUUCCGUGAAUGUUUCCAGGACAUCUUGAUCCCGUCUUUCCAGGCUGCUACCCAGAAGAUGUUUGAGCAGAUUAACGACACGUUUGUGCAGGGUACACGGAGUGCAUUCGAGAGCAGUGGACAAAGCACCAGCAACGCGAAGGUCGCAAGUCAGUUGGAGCAGCUAACGAAGGUGGUGGAAAGCUUGUCCCGGCAGGUGGAGGAACUGAGCUCAGCUGUUAAUGCUGGAGCUGUAGGUGGAGCAAUAGUCCCCGCUGCCAAGUCUGCGGAGGAGAUUCAGCUGGAGGCUCAGAAGAACACUGUGCUGGACUGUCUGUCACGUAACGAUUGGGAAGAAGCGUUUAAGUUCGCACUUGGUGCUCAAAACGUCAACCUUGUGGCGUUCACGUGUCAGCAGUGCGAUCCUCGACUUGUUCUCAGUAGCCGGCCGCCCAAGCUCUCGCAGAUGCUGAUUUUGUGCCUGGUUCAGCAAUUGGGUGCUGACCUGGUUGAUGAUCUAGAGACGAAGCUGAACUGGCUGCGUGAGUCGCUCCUAGUGAUGGACGUGCGUGAUCAAACGAUCGCGGGUUUUGUGACGAGUGUUCUCCAGGAAUUGCAGACAGGACUCAACAGCGUGCCGAUGGAGCUCCGUGACUCGCAGUACACACUGCUGCACCACGUACUUAACUCGAUGCUCAGCUCGGCGUAAGGUAGAAAAUGUCAAAACAAAAUACAACAUUUGUCUCGGGUUACGUAAAUUUUCAGGUUCUAAGAUCAGAUAUUCACAAAGACGUGAGCAUUUAAUUGUCGGAAGAAACCAUGAGCUCGCCAUCGAAGAGACUCGCGAGUUCGUCGCU